AUGUCUGCCGGCGAUCUGAGAGGCCACCUGCGGAAACUGGACGCCUUACUGCGGCUCAUAAAGUACCCCAGAGAUGUCGAUUAUAGCAGCCUGUCAACUGGGGACCCCUCGGCCUUUCUACCCAUACUGAGCUACACCCUGACCUCCUUCUGUCCCCGGCUGACCGCCCAGCUGCUGCAGGCGGGACUGGAGCUGACCGGCAAGACUGACCUCCGGUUCAUCGACACCGUCUAUAAGGUGCUGAGAGACGUGUUCCAGUAUCAUCCUGUCCUGUCCAAGCAGCAGUUCCUGCAGUCCGGCUUUUCCCAGAGGAAAAUUGGCGUCACCUGUGACGUCAUUAACCUUGUUCUG